UCCAAGUUGAUCAAAAUAUCUGCAUUUUCCCACUCAGUUCCAAAUGUUAAAUGUCACAACCGAACAAGUCUAACUGGCUGAAAUUUGAGUCCUGUCUCUCCCAUAUAUACUGGACAUUGGCGAAGUCCCUUUUUAUUGGGUGGAGCCAUUAAUUAAGAGAAGAAGAAGAAGAAGAGAAUACAAUUACUAUUAGACUGUGAAUAUAGAGGUCAGAGGAGCUAAAAAAUGUAAAUAUUGUAAGCGCUACAAAAGUUUGAAAAUUUAUUGUUUUACAAUAAAAAUAUGUAAGUAAACGAAAAACGAAGAAAUCAUGAAAGAUAUCACCUAAUUCAGACAAGACAAGAAAAUGUAUAAAAAAUGUUCAUAAAAAUUGAAAUGAAACUGCGAAAACAAGCAAAGACAUGAGGUUCAUCAGUAUAUUCCUGUCGGUAUCUAUAUUUGUUACAGCAUUUAUUGGUGAUUAUAUAGUUUUCGAUACAAGAUACUCUAAUGCCUUGAUAUAUAGAGCUCUAACAGAUAAUUUCAUACACGCAAGCAUAGGAUUUCUCUCAGCGCUGUUAUUUUUCGUAAAUAUAGACGUGACGAGGCAAGCAUGGUUGUACAAUGUUAUAUUUUGCACAAUUGUUUCAUCUUUUAUUGAUAUAGACCAUUUUAUUGCUGCAAAAUCUAUACAUUUCAAGGAUCUAACAACAUUGAAACAACGGGGGUUCCUACACUGCACUACAUUAUGGAUAAUCAUCACAUCAAUUUUAUUUAUAUACAGUUACAUGUAUAAAAAACUGAACAUAUACAUUUUAACGUUCAUGCUUACAAUAGCAUAUACUAGUCAUCACAUUAGAGACGCUAAUCGCAGAGGUAUAUGGAUUUAUCCGUACGGACAUACACAACCAAUACCUAAAUAUAUUUAUAUAUCUCUUCUUUCUAUAUUACCUAUGGUAUUUGUAUAUAUUUAUCAGUAUUUCAAACCGGUGGGUAAAAAUACUGUUGUACAAUAUAAUAUUUUAGUAUAGUAUUUAAUACUGUGAUUUAUAUGUAAAGAAAAACAUUUAUUUAUUGAAUAAGACUUCUUCUAGAAGCACUUUUGAAUCGUCAUAACAUUUUUUAACAUUUACCACCGAUUCGGAAAGCAGUAGUUAUCUAUGGAGAAGAACCGGCAAGAAACUCCAUAGUUGCUCUUUUAAAAUCAUGUCAAUAUUACAAUUUAAUAAAAACUAACUUUCCCUGCAAACGUUCUGCCAUACUCUUGUCACUUAGGGGUAUGAGAAAUAUAUGUUGGUUGAUCGAAUCUAAUCAAUAGAAAUACAAAAUUUCAUGUGAAUUGGUCCAGCCGUUUCUGAGGGUUAUGGUAACUAACAUUGUGACAGGGGAAUUUUAUAUUAAUAGAGAAGUUAAGUUAUUUCUAUAGAUAUAGCCUAAAGUUAUAGAAAAUGUUUAACUAAUAAUAUAUUAUGACAAUAAAUGCAAUAUAAUUAUUAAAAUAUGUCAAUAUGGAGUCAAUAGUACAUUGUUUAACCCAGUGUAAAGCCUGCUACUCAUCUGCAGCAGGGGCAAUAUUGGAAUGGCACCCUUAAUUGUGAUGUGUAUAGGCAAACAGGGGCAAUUUAGAGAAUAGUGUAACCGCCAUGGAACGAAAUUGUUCCAAUAUUGCCCCUGCGGCAGCCGGCAGGUAUGUGAGUAGCCGGCUUUCAGGAUAGGCCUCUUAUUUUGGAAGAUUACCCCACUUAAAAAAAAAGGCCUCUUAUAUGGGAUUAAGUUAUUAUUUAGUGCCAGUUGGCAAGUACAUAUUUAUUUGAUUAUAAGAUUUUAUUUAUAUUUAUUACUGCCUUGGUUAUGUUAAUUUUUUGCAUAUUUAUGUAAAAUAUCACAAUAUAAUAGUAAUACUACUUAUACCAGUAAUAGAAUUAACAUAAUAUACAUACUAUAAUUUUAUAUAGGCCGUUUAAAAAUGACUUUGAAAAAGUUAUGGAAAUUUAUCACAAUUUGUUUAAAAUUAAUUACAUAAUAUUAAUUAUUUUUUUCAUAUAAAAAACCGUUGUGGUGUACCUGAAAAAUUAUUGCAUUCGAAAAUUUUGUCGUUUUUAUAUAUAAAAUUUUGUUUUUUUA